UGAGUUUUUUUUGCGUUAAAAUAUUCAGGUGAUUUUUUUUUUGUUCGCAGAUUUUAUCAAAUACUUCGAAUCGUUCAGAAGCUUUGAAAGGUUGUAUUAUUGCAUCUUCAAAUUGAGAGAUUUGGUUGCCCAACGUUUGCCGUUGGAAACGUUCCCGGCGAGUUUUCAUUCAAAGUUGACAUAGAACGCUAACAAUGUCCAUUAACAGAGAAGAAAUAUUAGCAGACUUUCAGGCUUGCACUGGUAUUGAAGAUGUGGGAGAAGCAUUCAUGCACCUGGAAGAUGCAGAUUGGGAUUUAUCAGAUGCUGUAUAUCGUGUGCUACCACAGGGCAGUCAAGAACUGCCAUCUAUGCCUCUACUUGAUGAUAGUGUCCAGGUGAUAGAAGAACCGAGCCUGCCACUUGGAUUUCAUGCAACCCAACCUUCCUCCUCCCCACCUAAUUUAGCUCAAUUGUUGCAGCCAGUUCCGCUAGCCUCCAUAAGCAGAGAAUUUCUCCCAAGGCGAACAAGAAUACUAAACUUCUCAAUAGUUUUAAAUGAUAUGACAACCCCAAUUUCGGUCCCUGAAAGCCAAACCGUCGGAAUGAUCAAGACAUUGAUAUGCUCCGAACUAGGAAUACCUGUCUGUAAACAGGAACUAUCAGGUUGGAAACUAGACAGGCAACCAAGGGAUACCACUGUUCUGGAAUCACUCAACCUCCCAAAAGAGAACACCUUGUACUUAUCCGUUAAUACUGAUGAAAGAGAUGCAGCUACCGAAGAGAGUGUUGCUCGGAUGACCCAAACCUACACGCUCAGCAUAUUUGACAUUACGCACAAUCAGACACGUACCAUCAAUUUCCCUGGCACGAAAACGUUGUUAGAAGUCAAACGUGAUGUUUCUGAUUUGAUCGGAAUUCCCGUACGCAAUCAAUCAUGGACUGGUUGGCCACCAAUAAUUACAGAUGAUAUGGUCCUAGGAGCGUCUGGAAUCAAUCUAGUGCAUGAUCUUACUGUCAAAGAGUUGGUAAAAGAGAUUAAUCGACCACCUGAAGUUGUACCUGUACCAGGAGGCAGUAAUAGUGAACCUGUCUCGGAUGAUGGAAGUACGGCUGAUGAAUAUGAAGAUGCCUCCGAUGUCGUAAUGGAAGACGCAUUUCGUGAGCUCAUUCCUUCACGCCCUCAGCCACUAAUGCCGGAAGGAAUCGAAGAUGAGGCAACGGCAGCCAUCCUUUUUGCUGAAGGUUUUGUACAACGCUAUGGCCCCUGUCACCCGACGUUCUUUCCAGGUUCUCUAGACGAUGCUAUGAAAGAAGCUUGUCACCAACCGGCUCGCGAUAGAAAGCUACUUGCUGUUUACUUGCAUCACGACGGUUCCGUCUCGAGCAACGUCUUUUGCACGCAAGUGCUUUGCUCAGAAUCGAUUGCAUCAUUUCUCUCGGCAAAUUUUAUUAUUUGGGGUUGGGAUCUGACAGCCACCUCUAAUCGACUGCGGUUAUUGAAUACUAUUGCUCGGCAUUUUGAUAGCCUCGCGUCUCGGACGCUCAGGAAUUUUGAAGUAGAUAAGUUGCCCUUGUUGUUGAUUGUCACACGUAGCCGAGCCACGAAUGAAGUCUUGGCUAUGAUUCCGGGCAGCCUCAACGUGGACGAAAUGAUGACACAGUUACUGCACGCCGUCGAAAUGUUUAGCGAACAACAACGGGUAGAAAUAGCCGAGGAAGAAGAGCGCACGGCAAGAGAAACGGUUAAGCGGGAACAAGAUGAAGCUUAUCAGCUCUCUUUAGAAGCCGAUCGAGCCAAAGAGGAAUUGAGACGGCAAGGAGAAGCAGUCAAACAGCGUCAAGUGGAGGAACAAAGAGUUCGAGAGGAACAGGAGAAGAGGUUAAUCGAAUUUACUCAACAACAAAAGGAAACGCGGAGACUGGAGGUUCUGAAGCGGUUACCAGCUGAGCCUUCCGCCGACGAAUCUCCCGGGAACAUCACAUGUAUCCGUUUCCGUUUACCUGAAGGCAAAACAUCGACGCGUCGUUUCCGGGCCGAUGAAUCGCUACAGGUCCUGCUAGAUUACCUGCUUGUCGAAGGCUACCCUCAUAACGACUACAAAGUCUUAUCUAGCUGGCCGCGCAAAGAUCUCACAGCCGUCGAUUCGACCGAGAGUCUGCGUCAACUUAAAUUGGUGCCGCAGGAAACGCUCAUAAUCGAAGAACGAUAAACAAAUAUCAAGCAGCUUUUUUUUUGGAAGCCGGGCUAACGUUCCAGUUGUGCUCUUGAUAUUUCUAUUAAAUUGAGAAAAAAAAUUAUUAAAAUAAUUUCACAUGGCAAACCUACCCGCUCCACUCCUACAGGUUCCGUUCGGUUACUUUUAUUUCCUUUAGUUUCCCUGUUGUCUUGUUUUCAAAUUUAAAAAGAAAUGUAUUAGCCGUAC